AUGAGCAAGCGAAACUUGCAGCAGAGCAAUAGAAGGUGGCGUAACGGACCCACGAGCUUCUCAGCAGAGUACCUGCGGGAGCUCCGCGAGGCGAGCGCGGAUGAGCAGCGCUCUGCGCCGGCCCGCCGGCUGGCAGCAGCGCUGCUCGCAUUCUCCGAGGACCAGACGGCGUUCGCAGAGCUUGAGGACCUGAAACAUCUGAUCUCGGCGGCCGAGGAGGCGCUGCGCGAUGCUGCUGCCGGCGGCAGCGACGACGGCGCAGCUGCCGAAGCCCCGAUGCGGCUGCUGCUGCCACUCCUCCUUCAGGAUGGCUCGCGCCUGCUGCACCGCCACUUGCUGUCUUUCGUGCGCCGGCUGCCUCCCCGUGAGCAGGCUGCGGCGGGGCGCGUCAUAACGGGCGCGCUGCUGGCAGCGGCGCGGCAGCAGCUGGACACAGCCGGCGCCGGCCCCGAUGCCGGCACUGCCGGCGGGGCCAGCUGGGGAGGCACUGCAAGCGCCGACCUUCCCAGCUGGGUGCGCCCGUCGCUCAGCCUGGCCCAGGCUGGCGCGUCCCUCACAUGGCAGCCCGCCUCGCGCGCGUGGCUCGCGCCGGCGGCCGCGCCGCUGCUCCGGCUGUCUGCGCGAGCGGCGGGCGCGCUGCUCGCGGCGGCGGACGCGGGGUCGCCGUUGUCGCCGCACUCGGUCGACCAGCUGCAGGAGGCAGUGACCCUCAUUAUUUACCUGUUGGUGAAUUAUGGCGCUGAACUGGCCGCCAACAGCCCGCCCUUUCCUGCCGAGACAAGCACCGCCCCGCACCUUGGACCAGCAGCGCACGGCGGCCGCGGCGGCGCCGCGCCGCAGCUGUCGGGCUUACCAGAGGGGCAGCUGGCGGUGCUAGAGGCGGCCGAGGCGAUGCUCGCUGCGCUGCGCAGCCAAUCUUUGGUGCGCGAGCUGGUCUCCAGCGCCGCGGUUGCGCUGUGGCAUGCUUCGGUGCUGCCCGCAGUGCCGCCGGCCUCGGCGGCGCUCGCGUUUGCUCGCGGGCUGGGGCUGGAUGGUGGCGAGGGGCUGGAUCAGGAUCGGCAGCAGCAGGAGCAGCAGCAGGAGCAGCAGCAGCAGCAGCACGUGGUGCGGCGGGGCUUAAUGGCCAACCCGCAGCUUGACGCUGUGUGGUCGGAAGCAAGCUUGGUCGAACGACUUCUGUCUGCACGAGCCGCCGUAGGGGAUGAUGAGGCCAAGACCACGCCCACCGCCGCGCACGCCACGCACGGCAGCUGCCUUGUCGCGGCCCUUGCGCGUGUCAGCCCUCUCGGGCGCGUGUGCGCCCUCAAGGGCCUGGUCACCGCGCUGCCUGUGGAGGCCCUCUGUGUCAGCCUCGAGAGCGCCUCAGUUGAGGGCGGCAGCGGCUGGAGCCUGCUGGCGGCCGGGGCGGUCCCUACCGCCGCCGCGGCGCUCGGCGCUGCGACAGACUCGCACGCCAAGUUCCACUCCGCCAACACGCUGGGUGCGGCGAUGGCACGCUGUAGGGAGGUGUGGCAGCAGCUGGCCGCGCAGGGGGAGCAGGGCGCCAGCGUUGGCGAGGCGGUGGCUGCAAAGGAGGAUCAGGCUGGUGAUGGCGAGGGCGGCAGCGGCGGCGGCGGCGGCGGCGGCGCGCUGCUUGUGCCGUGGCUGCUGCCGGAGACGCGGGAGCAGGUCAUGGCAGCCCUGUGGCCCAUGGUUGACGAGCCGGUGGCUCAGACGCUCAAGCAGGUGCAAGAGGCGUUCGACCAGCUGGUGGCGUUGUUAGCCGACCAAACCACCUGCGCAGCGCGACUCGCGCUGCCGCCGCCCCCAGGCUGCUCCGCGGCCGACGCCGCCGCCUUCUUCCGCUCCGCGGCCGCCGCGGUGUUGCGCAUGGCGCCGGGCCGCAAGGGGCGCUACGCGCCGCUGCUCGCGCUGCUGCCGCGCGUUGGCGCGGGGUGGCUCGUGACGCAGGAGCCGCGUGUUGUCGAGCAGACGCUGCACGCAAUGUGCAACGACAUGGUGGCCAAUACGGCCACAGCUUUCUUCAAAGGCCUGAUCGCCCAGCUGCGCCGCGAGGCGUCUGGCGGCGAGUGCGACGGCGGCGCGGCGGCCGACGACGACGAGGCGAUGCGGCGCUGGUGCGCGCCGUGGCUGCCCGCCGUGGCUGCGGCGCUGUCUGGGCCGGACGAGCGCCUGCGGACCUACGUCGCUGCGCACGCGCUGCCCGCGCUGCUGCGCGCCGAGCCCGCGCUGUUGCGCGUGCUGCUCGCGGCGAGCCGCGGCGCGGACGAGCACGGGCGGAUGGCGGCGGCGGUGGUCGUGCUGCGCGCGGGCAGGCAGAUGCAGCUGGUCGGUGACCUCUCAGACAUCGACGCCCUCGCGGGCGACCUGGGCAGCGGCCGUGAUCCGGAGAACAGGCCGGAGGGCGACGUGGCGGCGCGCUCGCAUGGGGCGCGUGACCUGCUGGUGGGCUGCGUGUCCAGCGGGUCGGAGGCGCUGCGGCUCGCGUGCCUGGAGCUGGCGUGUGUGGCGCCAAGGACCUCCGAGCCACCAGGAGAGUUGGAGCUCGCAAUCGCGAAAGAGUGGCUGCUGCUGUGCAUGCGCUGCCCGAGCGCCGGCGGCCGCCAGAAGGCGCUGGUCAUGAUAGGGAAGCUGCUCACCCGCUGCCAGGUCUCGGUGCACGCCAUACGGACGCGGCUGCUCGGCUCCCGGCCCAGCGGAGCGGCAGGCGGCGGCAAGCCCCGGCGCAGCACCCACGCCCUGGCUCCAGCGCAGCCGCCCGCGCCCGAGCCCACACCCGCGCCCGUGCAGGCGGACCCCCAUGCCGCGGCGUUUGCUGCGCUUGAGAGGGUCGAGGCCUUCCUGCAGUGGCUCGGCGCCACGCUGCUGGCAAGCCUGUACCCCGGCGCGCCGUUUGAGCGCAAGCUGUUCGCCCUCGAGACGCUGGUGCUGCUCCUCGAGACGUGGGGGCCAGAUGCGGCCGCCGCAACCGCCGCCACGCCAGCAUUCUCAGACGUGGAACCUUUGUCAGUGACGGCUGACAGCAGCAGGGCGGGCGCGCUGGGUGGCGACACUGACGACGCGCGGCGAGCGGCGCGGCUGCGGCUGCUGCGCGCGUUUGCGCCGCACGACGCGUCGCUUACUUCGGCCGGCGCGACCAACGCGCUGCUGGGCAACCUGCUGGACAGCCGCGACAGGCUGAGGGCGGGUGCCGAGCAAGCUCUGUCUCUGCUGCCGACGCCUCUACCCGGCCUCGAGACGCCCGCCGCGCUGCUGCCGCUGCUGUCCUGGGCGCGCGCGCUGCUGCUCAGCCCGCGGCUGCACGAGGCGGACGCGGGGGCGCGCAUGGUCAAGCUGGUCAACGACAUCUACGUCACCCGCCUCGGCUGGCGGGUGACGCUGUGGCCGGACCUGGCGAUUCACGAGCCUGUUAGGGAGGACGCCCAGCAAGCCCGCGCGAGCGGCAUUGGCGCCGACGCCGCAGCGGCGGUGCCUGGGUUGUGCCUGAUGCGGUCGCUGAUGUGGCAGGCAGCUUCCCAGCUGGACCUGGCGGAUUCGGAUCUGCCCGCUGCCUGCCGCACGGGCCUCGCACACGGGCCCCUGCUCGCGCUGCAGUACGCGCUUGACGGCGCCCCCUGGGCCGCCGCGGCCGGCGGCGGCGGCGCUCCCGCGGCCGCGGCGCGCGCCCUGGCGGGCGACCUGCUUCCGCUGCUGCGGCGCGCGGCUGCGGCGGCGCUGCCGCCGCUGGCGCGGCAGGAUCAGAAUGUGGGGGCAGGGGACGUCGACGCUGACGAGGUUGAUGGCGGCGGCGGCGACGCCGAGGACUACGGUGAUGAUGCUGAAGAGCAGGGCGCGGACGACGGGGAGGCAGGCGGCGCGUCGGGCGGUGGCGCGCUGGGGCCCGUGCCGCAGGUCGUCAACACCGCGUGCUGGAUGACGCUCAAGGGCGUCGCGUGCCUGGAGGGGGCGGGGGCGGUGCUGCUGGACCUGCUGCUGCAGCUGAAGCACAACGGGGCAGUGGACAAAGUCCAGGCCGGCUUCUGCGCGCUCGCGGGGCGCCUGCUGCGCGCCGAGGACCCGCGCCUGGCGCGGCUGCCGGGCGCGUGGCUGCGGCGCUGCCUGGAGCACAUGGGGCGGCCGGGCCAGUCCCUUGACGACAUCGUGCGGCGCUCCGCCGGCCUGCCCUACGCGCUCGCCGCCCUCUUCCUGGCAGAGCCCCCGGGGGCGCCCCGGCGGCUGCUGCACGAGGGGAUGGGGCGGCUGCUGGCGGUCGCUGCGGACGCGUCGUUGGAGCCAUGGCCCAGGGUCCACGCCUUCAACGCCCUCAGCCUCGUGUUCAGGGACGCUGCCCUCGCCCUGGAGGCCAGCGCCCGCCUGCCAGACGGCCUCGUCGCCGCCAUAGACGCCUCCGCGGACGCGUCCUGGGAGGUCCGCAACGCCGCGUCCCUCGCGUUCACGGCGCUCGUCGUGCGCAUGGUCGGCUUCAAGAAUGCGGGCGUCGCGGCGCGGCAGAAGCUGUCGUGGGCGGCCUGGGGCCCGGCCGCACUGGCCGCCCACCGCGGCGGCGGCGGCGGCGGCGGCGGGGAGGGGCGCGUGGCGGAGCAGGAGGCGGCGCCCGGUAGGCGCGAGGGCGUGGCGGACGCCGCAGCAGCGGCGGCGGGCGCGUCGCACGCGUACUCAAAGGCCCCCACCGCGUCCGAGUUCUUCUCGCGCUUCCCGCCGCUGCAUGCCUACAUGCUACGCCACCUGACCGCCGCUUCGGAUGCCCUCGCCACCGGCGCCGCCGGGGCCGGCAGCGGCGGCGCGGCGGCCGGCGCGGCAGCGGCGGCGCACCCUGGGCUGUACAGGGUGCUGCUAAUCCUGGCGCGCCUCAAGCCGUCUGUCCACAUGGCCGUUACCCCGCAGGACGGCCCCUUGGCGCCGUCGAUCCUCGCCGCGCCGCUGGCCGCGGUCGGGCGCGCGUCCCCAGUGCUCGGGGAGCGCCAGCUGGCGGCGGCGGCGCUGGGGCCGCUGGUGCCGCCGCAGGAGCGGAUGGCAGCCGCGGCCGCGCUCGCGGCGGCGCUGCCCAGGGCCAGGAUUGCGAACAGUGGCAGCGGCGGCGGCGGCGAUCGUGGUCAGGGGGUUGUCGUCAUUUCGAGCCACAACGCCUUGCAUGGGGCGCUGAUGCAGCUGGAGGUGCUGCUGGAGACGGAGGCUUCCGAUCCAGCUGGCGGCAACCGACUCGCCGGCGCCGCCGUGGCCGGCCCUGAAGCCGGCGGCGGCGGCAGCGACCAGCGCGCGGGCAGUGAUGAGAGCAAGGGGCUGGACGAUGAGGUAACGGACGGCUUGACGGCGGCGGCCUGGCUGGCCGGCCCGCGCUGCGCGUGUGCGCCCGUGCGGGCCGCGUACCUGCGCGUCGCCAGGCAGGCCCUGCGGCUGCAGACGGCGCGCGCCGGCGGCCUGCGCGCCGGCGGCGCCGGCGACCGCCUGCGGCGCGCCCUGCAGGCGGCGUGCUUGGCGGCAGUCAAGGCAACGGCUCAGGAGGAUGGCGGCGGCGGUGCGGACGGCGCCCAGGGGCCGCAGCACGCUGUCUGGCUGAAGCACUGCAGCAGCGCUCUGCUUGGCCCGCUUCUGGUGGCGGAAGUUGUCGCUGCGGCGCCUGCAUUGCAGCGGCUGAGGCAGCUGGAUGGCGGCACCAGCGCUGGGCACGGCGUCGGCGCCGAAGCCAGCAGCGGUGGCGGGUUCUGGGGGUUGCUGCUGGAGCAGCUGACAUGGCGCCUGUCAGAGGUCCUGCAGAGCGACGAGUACGAGGUCAGGGCAGCCGCCUGCAAGGAAGCCGCCCGGCAGCUGCCGCCCACGCCACCCGCGGGCUGGGCGGCGGCCGAGCCAGCGGCGCCCGCGCUGCUGCGCGCGCUCGAGCGGCGGCUGUGGGCGGCGCUGGGGGCAGAAGCUAAUGUGAAGGUGCGGCGGCGGCUGCUGGCGCUGGUCGCUGCGCUGCAGCAGUGGCACGACGAGGAGGGUGCGCCCGUGCACCUGCAUCCACAGCCGCCGCAGCAACUGCAGCAGCAACAGCAGGAGGACAAGCAGGAGGAGCAGCAGGAGGAGCAGAAACAGCAGCAGCAGCAGGAGCAGCAGCAGGGCACGGACAAGGACGCGGCGGACCCAGCCACUCGCAGCGCGCUGGAGCGUGCGAAACAGGCGCGCACCGCACUCUGGGCGGCGCCUGACCUGACUGCGCGCGCCCAGGCCCUCGGCUGCCUCGCGCGCACUGCGCGGCGGCUCGUCCCGGCCGCCGCCGCCGGCUCCGACGGCGCCCGCGACGUCCUGACAGGCGUUUUUGAUCACUUUGAAGCCUUCAGCCAGGCGUCCCAGCCCGACGAAUUGCGGCUCGCCGUGGCCCGCUCCCUGGGCGCAGGCGGCCUGCUGCUGCCGCUGCUGCUGCGCGCCGGCGCAGGGGCCGAUGGUGCCAGUGGCGCCAGGUCGGGCGCCGGUGGUGCGGAGUGGCUGCAGCGGCUGUCGUCGGGGUGCUGGUGGGUGGCGGCGGCGCUGCUGGAGGACGACGAUGAGGGCGUGCGCGCUGCAGCGGCGGCUGCUGCCCAGGGGGCGCUGGACGACUCCCAGCCGCAGCAGCAGCAGCAGCAGCAGCAGCAGCAGCAGCAGCAGCAGCAGCAGCAGCAACAGCAGGAGCAGCGGCUCUCGGAGGAGCAUCAGGGUCAGCAGCCGCGGGAACCGGUGCAAGACCGCACGCGCCAGCAGCAGUACGAGGAGGCCGUCAAGGCACGCGCCUUUGACGCGAUCGCCGACGCCUGCGUCACCCUCGCCCCCGCCGCCCGCGCCGCCGCGCUGCGCCGCCUCGCGCUCGCCGUGUUCGACCCGUCAACGCCGCUGCCGGCGGCGCUGGCGGCGCUGCGAGGGCCGGGAGGCGAGGGGGCGCCGAGGGCGGGCGGCGGGGCGGCGGCUGCCUCGAGGCGGCUGUUUGACCGAGAGGCAGACAACCACCACGAAGAGCCGCUACAGAUCGCACAGCUGGCCGCACGCGCCCUGACACGGCUGCCUCCGGCGGAACCGUCUACGGGGCCUGCGGCCGGCGCCGGCGCCGAGGGGCUGUUUUGCGUUGAGGACGGGCCGCUGAUCGAGUGGGCGCGCGGUGUGGAUGCCUGGCUGGCUGCGGCGGCCGCACGAGUCGCAGCGGCGCCGGCCGCGGCCGCGGGCGCGUGGGUCGGCGGCGUGGGGAACCACCCCGAAGUGUUCGGGCCGCUUUACAGGUGCCUGCUUGCGGCCUGGCUGCUGCGAAGCGCGCCUUCCGUGCGUCUGGCAGCAGGAAGCAGCGCCUUGGUUCGGUUGGAGGAGUCAACGGCCGCGCUGGGGCUCGCGGGGCUGCCGCUGCAGAUACGCCAGCUGUUGCAGGGGUUCAGCGGCACGGGAGGGGAGCGCGGCGCGCUCUUCCUGCUGUGCUGA